UAAAAGACUGUUCUGCUUCUGAGUUUUCUCGGUAUAAUUAGGGUUUAAAAAGGGUUUUUGUAAUCUUCUCUUUCUUGUCAUCCUUGUUUUUUUUUUUUCCUGUUCAAAGAAAGAAAGAAGCUGAUAAUGACAAUGGAGGAAGGCAGUUUUACAGCCGGAAAAAGGAAAAGAAAUCUGGGUAAAAAGAAAGGUACCAAAGCCAAAAAUAAGAAGCUCAAGAUGUUGGAGGGUAAAGGAAAAAAGUUUAGAGUAAGUAAAAAAAUGAGAAACCUGUUUGAGAAACGUGCCCGUGACUACAAUUCUGAUGACGAGGAGGAGGAGGAAAAGGAAGACACAGCGGAGGAGGCAGUUCUUCAUGAUACCCGGAGAGGGCGCGGCGGAGAUAUUUCUUUUGAAGGAAGUGAUGAUUCAGAAGGAGAAGAACAAGAAGGAGGUGAAAUUCAACCUGGGAUUAUGAGGUUUACGGAAGGUGUCAGAGCAUUCAGGUUGGCAUUUAAGAACAUUAUAAAGAGGCAUGUGGCUGAUGAUUCAUUGGGUCCUGUAUUAUCAGGGCAUAAGCAACUUGUUGCAAAGAAGUUAGCUGAAGAAGAAGCUGAAAGGAAAGUCAAAGGAGAAGCUAAGAAAGAAAAACAUUUGGUUGCAGAGAAAGGGCAUGUGAAGCCUGCAAAUUACUUGGAUUCACAGGAAAAGUUUCUAAUCGGUAUUGCUACAAAAGGAGUGGUGAAGUUAUUCAAUGCUGUGAAUAAAGCACAAAAGGCUCAGAAAGGAUUGGACCCUUCGAGGUCUAAAGAUGCAAAAGUGAUAAGGAAGCGAAGGAAAGAAGCCUUCUUUUCAGAGCUAGGCAAGACAUCAUUGCCCGCACGUGAUUCUUCCAGUAAGGGUAAUACAUCUGAUUCUAGGAAUGAUGAAGGACCUGCUUGGGCCCCAUUGCGUGAUAAUUACAUGCUAACAAAUCCUAAAUUGAAGGACUGGGAUAAAAUGGCGGACUCGGCAAUAGUUGAUGAUGUUGGAAUGAUGUCUGAAGAUAGUGGUUCAGAUGAUGAUUGAUGUCCUUUGAGGUUAAGGAGAUUAAGUAGUAGUGUUCUUGCGGGCCAUGGUAUAACAGCUGAACCUGAAUUUUUUUUUCCUUUUUCUUUACUUCUUCCCAAUUUUGUGUAGUGGUCUAUUUAUUAUUUAUAAAUGAAUUAAACCAAGAGGAAUGAUUGUUCUCCAUACUGCCUUAAUUUGCACUCUGAUCGUUCACUGCUCCAUUGUUGAUGCAUGGAAGGAAAAUAUUGGAGCAUAGUGAGCCUAUGGAUUUAUUGGUUCUUUUAUAGCUGAUGAUGAUGUGUUCAUCCCGGUAGUUAUUGUAAUCAAACCAGAUUUCCAAUAUGUAUUUUGUUGUAGUUGUUGAAAAUAAUUAACGAAUUUUUUAUACA